AUGAAUUCUAAUACACCAGAUAACUUUGAUCCUAUCGCUUGGAAGACACAACUUGACAACACUUUGGGUGAAAACAAGGAACAAUACUGGAAUCACGUUCAAAGUUUCAUUCAAGGAAAAAUAAAUAGAAUGGAACUUGACUUUUGGGCAAAUUUAUUUUUACCCCAAGGACAUGAAUAUCUUCACGAAAAGUUCAUUCAAGCCAGUAUAAAUAAAAACAAGAAGAGAAUAUCUAAUAAUGUUUCAGAUAAGAAAAAUCAGAAUGAUAUUCAAAAACGAACUCGUGUAUUAAUGAAAGAUGAUGAUAAUAGUUCAACACAAUAUAAAGCAUUAAAGGAUAUAUUUAAAUCUAUGGAUAAAGAAGAUAGGGAUCAAUUACACUGUUUUUUGAAGACGAUUUUAAUAAGAGAGUUUCCGGAUUAUAACGAAAUUUACCAACGUAUGACGGAAAUUGCAUUAAAUCAUGAAUUAACUGGAGGCAUUCAGGAAGAUUGUGUAUCUUUAAUGCUUCAUGCAUUAGAGGUUCACACCAAAAAUAUUAUACAUAACUGUAUUAAAAAAGUCCGGAAUAAUAAUGCUUUAAAAGGUGAUGAGGAGAAUAAUAAUGUUUCUCCACCGAUUACAUUGAAAGAUCUUGCAUUUUCAAUAGAAGUUUCUCCUUACAAUUUUAAUUUUUCAUCAUCACUUAAAGAAGAAAUCAGGAUAAAGUCAAAAAAUAAUGAUAUAAAUUUGACAGAGUGA